ACUAUCAUUCCGCGCCACAAAUGCAAUUAAAUUUAUCAUUUUAUUGCAAAGUGGGAAAGGGGAUUACACUGGUUUACACAUCGAUGUUAUUAUUUAUUACUGUGAAGAAAGCAGACUGAAGAAACCUUUUCCUCCCAACAAAAUCUUAAAAUGCACUUCACAAUACCAAAAGCUGAAGAGCUCAAGGACAAGAAUGGAGCCGCUUUUACUGGGUACACUAUCCACGCGGACGGCAAGCUGCACUGCGUGGUGCGCUACCGUCAGCUGAGCUGUCUGCACGAUCAGCUGAAGCGGGUGUUUGGCGCGCGCGCGCUGCCCACCUUCCCGCCAAAGAAGCUGCUGCACCUCAACUCUGAGGAGGUCGAAGAGCGGCGGAUGCUGCUGGAGCGCUACCUUCAGCUCGUGUCCCAGGACAGCAAGGUGUUCAGCAGCGAGGUGUUCAACGGCUUCCUUGUGUCGGCGCAGCUGGAGACGCAGAGCGCUGCCCCGGAGCAGGUCACCCUGGACGUGUACCUGCUCAACAACUACCGGAUCUCUGUGACGGCCAGCUCUACACUGCAGACAGACGAUGUCCUCGAGAAAACAUGUCAGCAGAUUAAUCUUCCUCCUCGUCUCACAUACUACUUUGGUUUGUUUAUGAUGAAGAAGACCGAAGAGAGCUAUACAAUCGUUCGGAAGCUGCAUGACUUCGAGGCACCGUUCAUCUCUCUGCGCACGGCAGGACACACACCCGAACACAGGAUUGUGCUCCGGAAAAACUACUGGGACACGUCGUACGACGCCGACCUGCUGGAGGACACGGUGGGCCGUAACCUGCUGUACGUGCAAACCGUCAGUGAGGUGGAGUGGGGAUGGAUGUCUGCCGAUACGGACACUCGCGCUCGGCUCACCAUGCUGCAGGCCAAGGGCAACAAACGUGAGUACGUUGCUUUGGCGCAGCAGCUGCCCUUCUACGGCUACAUGCAGUUCGAGCCGUGCACGUGCGACUUUCCCGUGGCGGGCACAAGAGCCAGGGUCAGCAUCGGAAACAAGGAGCUCAACAUUCGGAUUCCUCCCGGUGAGGGCGGCGCCCGGAACACGGUUCGCGAGGGCAGCUUCAAGGUGACCCGUAUGCGCUGCUGGCGGAUCUCCAGUGUGGAGCCGGUGCCGGCCGAGGCGGGCGGCGCCGGCCCGUCGUCGGCCGCCGCCGGGCCGACCGGGCCGCAGCUGGAGCUCAGCUUCGAGUACCUGAUGUCGCGCGAUCAGCUGCAGUGGGUGCGGCUGGCCUCGCCGCAGGCUGUGCUCAUGUCCGUCUGCCUGCAGGCGCUGGUCGAGGAGCUGCUCCGACGUCGAAAGGGACUCGGCAUUCCCAGGCCGGGAGAGAAGGUCCACAAUGUGAACUUCAACUACCUGACGCGGGACGGUAGCCUGCAGCACGUGAACGCCCGGUCCGGCGCCGGGGACUCUGAGCACGUGGACUGCGACUCGGGCAUUUCGUUCCGGAAGCUGUCCAACAAGCUCUCGCAGCUAAAUCUGGUGGGCCGCAUCAGUCUGGCGUCGAACCGCACCGUCGAAAACAACGCCUUCGACGAGAUCGGCGACGACGAACUGUAGAGGCCGACUGCCUCUGUGACGUCACGGGAGCCAUGGUGACGUCACGCGGCGGUCCGGUGAAUCCUGAGCUGCUCAGAGUUGUGCCGAGGACGCUGCAUUAGUGGGUGAGAGCUGGGUCUCGGAGGCUCGGCUGUAGGUCGUAUGGUGCUGGUUGUGGAGAUCGUUGGGCUGCUACCCGGCUCGACGGGCGGAGUGUGGUGCUACUAACAGGACUGUGUGUUACAGUGUCCCAAAAUUGAGUUUUGUCUGGGGUGUCAGAGGGGAAAAUUACCCACCAAAAAGAGGGGAGAGAGUGGAAAACUGCUGAUUCGAUUAGAUCCAAAAAGAGGGAGAAACGCCAUAAAACAUGGAUUUUAUUCUAGGAUGUAGAAUGUUUGAUGCUAAACCGGGCAUUCACACAACCGCUCUUUCUAGAGGUAAAAAAAUCUAGGUUUUCUUGGUUGGGAGUGGAAAAUUGUUCUUAAAAAUUGGUGGUGAGAGUGGAAAAUGGAUUUCCUUUGGAUGUCAUUUCCCACCCAAAUCGACAAAUUUUGAGACAUUGGUGUGUUAUGCCGCGUGUGUCCUCACGCUGGAGGAAGCGGUGGCCGGUGUGGUGCCGUUGGUAGGUGGGGCUCAAGGCGGAUGUCUGCGCUGGCGGCCGACCGCCAGAAGAACUGUGAUGGACGCCGGUGUUUUGUACAUAGUGGUUGUGGAAUUAUGUAUCGAAGAGAUCGAGUUUAUUUCUAGCGUUCGCCGACUAUUUGGAACGUUGGACGCAUGUGACUAACUGCUCCGCCCCCCAGCCUGCGCCAGCGUCUCGCUGCGAGGCAUUCAAAUUUUAUCUGUGCUGCCAAAACGGGAUGGGAGCUGGACGCUGCUCGCGUCCUGUGUGGCAGAAGUUGCCAUGGUAACUGUUUUGUAGUUUGACUGUCGAUGUAUGCGUCGGUAUGCAGGGGUCCUAGUUAAUUACGUAGACUAAGUUACCCAGCUUGGUUUUGUCUUCGUCUUUCUGUCGGCACUGUCGGUCGAUUUGUUUUCUAUGUGCAUUUUCUGAGCUUGUGUGACGGCGAUCAUUCCGUGAGUGGGCUGUUUGGGGCGCGGUGGGCCGGUCGUGUGCUCCGCUAUCCGUCCUUUCUGGCGGCCGGGCUGGCUGAGGCCGUCCGGCCGCUCCGAGCUGCUGCCUGGCUCCGUCCCCAGUCGGUCGUCAGCGCUCGCCGCUAGACCAGCGCUGCGCUGCGGUGUUUGGUGUCCAAGCAGACUAGACGCUCCGUAUGAGAGAGCCCUGGACGUGCGUUAUGUAUAUUUUUGUAUACGAAUUGCUUUCAGUCUCAUGCUUAAUUAUCAGCAUAAAGCUAAGGAGCCACUACCGGUACGCUUUAUUUGAUACUUGUAUGAAAUGAAUGUGUAAUAUUUAAUGGCAGUGACCAGAAAUAAAAAUAUAUUAUUUACCUUA